UAUGACAAAAGCCAAUAGUUUCGUGCUCUCUCUUGGUAUAAAUGAAGGUAACAACUCCUCACAUUCCUCUCAAUUUUCAGCAUCAUAUCGCAUUGUCUUGGGACAGAGAUUGUGAGCGAAAAUGGCGACGUUGAAGGUUCCUCCUAAUUCUCCUGCUCCAUCGGAAGACAGUGAGCAAUUGCGAAAAGCUUUUCAAGGCUGGGGAACGAAUGAAGCAUUGAUAAUAUCAAUCCUGGCACAUAGAAAUGCAGUUCAGCGUAAGUUGAUUCGUGAAGCUUAUAAUGUAGCCUAUGGAGAAGAUCUUCUUAAAGAUCUAGACAAAGAACUUUCAAGUGACUUUGAGCGGGUUGUGCUGUUGUGGACACUGGAUCCUGCUGAGCGUGAUGCCUUUUUAGCUAAUGAAGCCACUAAGAAGUUGACUUUCAGUCAUUGGGUCCUUUUGGAAAUUGCUACCACUAGAUCUUCAAUUGAUCUCCUCAAAGCUAAGCAAGCAUAUCAAUCCCGCUUCAAAAAGUCUAUAGAAGAAGAUGUUGCCUAUUAUACUUCUGGGGACAUACGCAAGCUAUUGGUUCCUCUUGUGAGCACAUACCGUUAUGAGGGGGAGGAGGUGAGCAUGACACUGGCAAAAUCUGAGGCUAAACUGCUUCACGAGAAGAUUGCAAAGAAGGCCUACAAUGAUGAAGAACUGAUCAGGAUUUUGUCAACAAGGAGUAGAGCACAGUUAGCAGCAACUCUGAAUCACUACAAAGAUGAGUUCGGGAAUGCCAUAAACAAGGAUCUGAAAACUGAUCCAAAAGAUGAAUAUCUGAAAUUAUUGAGGGCUGCCAUUAAGUGUUUGACAUUUCCUGAGAAAUAUUUUGCCAAAGUCUUGAGGCUUGCUAUAAACAAACUGGGAACUGAUGAAUGGGCCCUUACUAGAGUGGUGGCAACCAGAGCCGAGGUUGAUUUGCAGCGAGUUGGUGAGGAAUACCAAAGAAGAAAUAGCAUUCCUUUGGACCGUGCAAUAGCAAAUGACACUUCUGGAGACUAUGAGAAAUUUCUCCUUGCACUGGCUGGGCACGAUAAUUAAGAGUUAUCUCUUACUCUGUGAAGUUCUCAUGGAAUUGCUGGUUAGACUUAUUGCUUUUUUCUCUAAUCAUAAAUUCGAUAUUGUUGUUAAUAUAUCUGGACAGGGGAAUUCGGUGUCUUUCUGUUAAUACUGCUUAUGAAGGCAUAAACUAUCCUCGUGUUUUUAAAAUAAUAUGUUUUGAAUGUCGGAAAUUCAUGACAUAGAGCUGUACCUGUACCCUUUCAAUAAUGAAAUAUUGGUUGCAUCUUUUUCUACA